CGUAAAAUGCUAGUUUUCCGCCAAAAACAGUUCAGAAUGAACGUUCGAAAAAACGAAUCAUACCCAGAAGAAGGUGGUUACGGUUGGAUAAUUAUCGUAUAUUGUGCCCUAAUCAAUUUCCUCACAAUGACCAUAAUCAAAGCAUUUGGAAUCAUCCUUAAAGUGAUUUUCGCCGAAUUAAAUUUCUCAGCGAUUCAGAUUUCACUGAUUGUUGCAAUGAACGGCUCUUUUGGCUUUAUUACAGGUCCUUUUACCGGUCAUCUUCAGAAAACAUAUGGUUAGGUUGUCGAAAAACGGCGAUUUUUUUCAGCAUAUUUGGCAACUCUCGGCAUGAUUCUAACUUCAAUUGUGUCUUACGGUAUUAUAACUUCACUUGGUACGCAAAUGGCCGAGGCUACAGAUAGAUUAGUCCUAAGUCAAUAUUUUAAAAGGAAACGAAGUUUAGUGACGGGAUUUGUGUUAACUUUUGCUAGACUUGCUCCUAUUUUUAAGCCCGAAUGGCAUAUAAAAAAACAGUGCUAUGGAAAAAAUGAUCGAACAAAUCCCAAAAGAAAAAGUCAAUUUCCUGGAUGCAGAGCUACUGAAAGAUCCAGUUUUCUUCUUCUCUGGGUGCUUUGACCGAAUUGAAUUCUGACGUUUAUUUCCACCGAUUUAGUUUCCAGAUUAGUAAGCCUCUACAUUGGACUCAAAAAAGUUCACGCUUCAUGUAUGCUGUUUCACUUGUGAUUCUAACAAUUACGAAAUUCAUAUUUAUUUUCUGCACAAGAUUCAUGAAUUUUCAAAUCGUCGACGUUAUCCUGGAAUGUACUAAAGGAUUCAGAAAGGUUUAUAUGUGGCCAAUAAUCCCCGAUUACGUCCCUUUGGAAAAAUUACUUUCAGCUUCCGGCACUGAUAUGGCCUUGAGAUGAAUUUUUAUUUUAGCAGGAGGAUUGUUACGAGAUUUUUUCGGUAGUUGCGUUGUGUGCAUAAUUUUUAUGAAUAAUUUUGUUAUAACUACAUUAAUUGCGUGGACAAUUGAAGCUUUAAUUAAAAAAUUGUCUUGAAAGGGUUUGGUAUGAAUUCGGUGACGUCACAAACUCCGGUAAAACGCCUGAAAUCCGGUGAGUGCCCGGACUUGCGCACAUUUGAUCACAUUUCAGCACAAUCUGCUGCACUCUAGUAAAUUUUUCAAUAAAAAAAAUGAACUUGAGGUAACAUAAAAAAUACAUUAGAUAAAUCAAUACGAUGGAAACGUAGAUUAUUAUCACCGUUAUCUACCGACAUGGAUAUAAUAUUCAAGUGCCAAAUGUCUAGUCAGUAGACGACUGAACGUGAACUCGAAACAUGAAAAAUGUAAAAAUUACGAAAAUUCCACCAGAUGGGGGCUACGGCUGGGUGAUCGCGAUAGCGAUGGCCAUCAAUAGCUUCAUUUAUAUCCCAAUGAUGCAUUGUUUCGGCCUUAUCUUUAAAGAUACAUUCUCUGAAUUGGGAUUAUCAGGAGCCCAAGGCUCUUUAAUCAUGAACCUUCACGCAGCUUUCGGACUCCUCACCGGACUUUUGAAUGGCGUCCUGCUAAAAAUGUUCGGUUACCGGAAGAUCGCCCUAGUUGCUGCAGUUUUCUACUUUUCCGGGGUCACCCUAACAUCACUUGCCCGGAGUUUCCAAUUUUUUAUCAUUUCAUACGGAAUCAUCGCAUCUUUGGGUUUGGGCAUGUCACGAGCUUCGUACAGCUUGGCCCUCAAUACCUACUUCCGCAAACGGCGGAGCAAAGCAAUGAGUGUUGCAGUCACAAUCACCGGAUUCGGCUCGAUAGUGAUACCGCAAUUAAUCAAUUUGUUGAUGAAGUUUUAUACACCGGAGGGACCGGUCAAAUGGCACAUGAAGGUGGAAGAGGAACCGCUCACUGUACAAGACAGAAAUUCGAAAGAUGAGUACAAUUGUGAUACUGAGAUUUGCGACAGCACUUUAAGCUUGAAUCAAAACGAAGAGCCGGCGAAAAAUCAGCGCUUGAGCAACAUUGCCAAAUUCUUCGAUUUCGAUUUACUCAAAGAUCCGAUCUUCGUCAAUAUUUUAAUCGGACUUGCGUUUGCAGUUUUCUCCGAAUUAAAUUUCACGAUUUUAAUUCCGUUUAUUUUGAACGAUCUGGGGCUCACAAAUGACCAAAUUGCCACGUUUUUGUCCACGGCGGGCGUUGCCGACAUCGCUUUCAGAUUCUUAGCACCUUAUAUUGGCGAAUGUUUGAAAACUCCGCCCCGACAAAUGUACAUUUUCACACUUAUUGUGCUCAUUAUCAUGAGAUCUAUUCUUUUAAUCUCGACACAUUUUUACGCAAUCUUGGGGAUUGCAGCUGGACUUGGGAUCGCGAAAGGAGUAAGGAGGGUCUACGUGGGGCUCAUUAUACCUUCUCAUGUCAGUCUAGAAAAAUUACCAUCGGCUUCAGGGAUGGAGAUGAUGGCCAAUGGUUUCUGUAUUUUAUCAGGAGGAUUUAUUCUAGGAAUUGUGCGAGAUUUAACCGGAAGUUAUUACUUCUGUAUCGUAAUAAUGAACUCUGUUACUUUCCUUACGAUUGUCCUAUGGACAAUUGAAGGAAUUAUUUUCAAAUAUUCCAAGAAAAAUGUUCCAGAAGCUAGCGAUUCUCUCAAUAAAAACAAUAAAGUAUGAGUUAUUAAUUUUGUAAA